AUGGCGAAGCGAAUAAUUGAGGUAUUCAUGGAUGAUUUUUUGGUUUUUGGAUCUUCUUUUGAUGCAUGCCUUGAGAAUUUAGCUCCAGUUUUGCAACGAUGUCAAGAGACAAAUUUAAUUUUGAAUUGGGAAAAAUGCCAUUUCAUGGUUAAGAGGGGUAUCGUGCUAGGACAUGUAGUGUGUCAUCGGGGAUUGAGACAUUUCAUCAAAGAUUUUUCUAAGAUCACAAGACCUCUUUGCGAUUUAUUGGCUACAGAUGUAGUUUUUGAUUUUGACAAAGAGUGCUUGGAAGCUUUUAAUGUGUUGAAACAUGCAUUAACCUCGUUUCCUAUUAUUUCUGCUCCUAAUUGGUCAUUAUUGUUUGAGCUUACGUGUGAUGCAUCUCAUUAUGUUGUUGGUGCGGUUCUUGGCCAAAGGGAUGGUAAGGCGUCUCAUGUUAUUUAUUAUGCUAGUCGCACUUUGAAUGACACACAACUCAAUUACUCCACCAUAGAAAAAGAGUUGCUGAAAGAUGCCAAGCCUAGGUUGAUUAGGUGGAUUCUCCUACUUCAAGAGUUUGAUUUGGAGAUCAAAGAUAAAAAGGGUAGUGAGAAUGUGGUGGCCGAUCUCCUUUCACGCAUUGUGGAAGAAGGGACUAACUUUUCAAGAAAAGAAGAAAUUUUUAGCUUUGGUCAAGCAUUAUUAUUGGGAGGAUCCUUACUUGUUCAAGCAUGGACCCUACCAAAUAAUUCACCGGUGAGUUCCCAAAGAAGAACAAGAGAGCAUUCUACGUCAUGCACAUGUGCUUGCUUGUGGUGGACACUUUGGAGCCAAGAAAACGGCUUUAAAAGUGCUCCAAUCAGGUUGGGCAAUAUUGGUAGAAGGAAUGAGAUGACUUUGAAUAGCAUUUUAGUGGUUGAGAUGUUUGAUGUGUGGGGUAUUGAUUUUAUGGGUCCUUUUUCCCCUUCUUACGGCUAUGCUUAUAUCCUUGUAGCGGUGGAUAACAUCUCAAAAUGGGUUGAAGCCCUAGCUACUAGGACCAAUGAUCAUAGAGUUGUCCUUACAUUUCUUAAGGAUAUGAUUUUUACUAGGUUUGGAACCCCUAGGGCCAUUAUUUGUGAUGGUGGUAGUCAUUUUUGCAAUAAGCCUUUUGAAGCUUUGUUGAAAAAAUACAACAUCACUCACAAAAUAGCCACCCCAUGCCAUCCCCAAACAUCAGGUCAAGUGGAAGUUAACAAUAGGGAGAUCAAACGAAUUUUGGAGAAAACUGUGAACUCCUCUUGGAAAGAUUGGGCUAUCAAGCUUAACGAUGCUUUGUGGGCAUAUAGGAUAGCUUUUAAAACACCCAUUGGUGAGGAAAGGAAAUUACAACUCAACGAGUUAGAGGAACUUCGUCUUGAAGCUUAUGAAAAUGCAAAGAUUUACAAGGAACGCACAAAGGCGGCAUAUGACAAAUUGAUUCAACCGAAAAAAUUUACCGAAGUUGAUCAAGUCCCAAAUCUAACACCAUAG